UAAUGAAAUAUCCUUAAAUUCGUAUUUACUUUGAUAAAGUGAAUUUGUAUUACUUUAACCAUGUUUUGUUCACUUUUUGUUGAUUAUCUACUUACAUGAAUGUCUAUCCUUUAUUAUAGGUUUGAUGAUAGGCCGGUGAAGAAUGUGCUCUCCGACUCGCUAACUGGCUACUAUGUUCAGCCUUGGAGGAAUUAUGAAGAGGUUGAUGAAGAUUCGAGAGAGCACUUUUGGAACUUGUUCAACAAAAAAUUCAAGUGGGCACCUGAGUUAAACAACCAAGUGAAGGACACUUUCGAAGAAAAGUUUGCAAAUCGCCUACGUGACACGUUCUACAACAUCACACACAGACUGAAUGGUCGCAAACCAAGAUGGCUUAAUAAGGAUGUCCACGAAGGCAUGAUGAAAAUUGUUGCCACCAAUCCAAAAUAUCAGAAGUGGUCGGAACAAAACAAGAAGAACCGAAGAGGCGGAUCCAUGGAAAAUGUUGUUGAACCGACCCACUUUCAAGGUUCAAUGUCAUCUGUACAACAUGCUAAAAAGAUGGCUGCAAAAAACCAAGGCCAAUUACCAAAUGCCCAUGAUCUAUUCUUGAAGACACACUUCAAGGAAGUGCCUGGUAAAGGCCAAGUGGCUGCCAAAAACAAAGCAAAAAGGAUUGCGGACACCUACCAGAAGAAGCUCGAAGAAACAAUGAGUCAGGGGAUUCAGAAGAGUCCCAAUGAGUUGUAUUGGGAGUCGGUGGGUGGGCGCAAUAAGAAGGGGCGUGUGAAGGGACUUGGCCAAAGUGCAGAGUUCUACUAUGGCAAACAGGGUCGAGGUUCCCGUUCUUCACAGCAAUACACGCCGUCUGUCAUUUCCCAAAUGCAAGACCAGAUGGAACACAGGGUGCAAACUCUUCAAACUCAAAUGGAAGCCCGAAUGGCUGAAAUGGAGAGGAGAUACAAGGAGAGUUUCGAUGAGAUGAUGAGUCGUCUCAACAACAACGACUCAUGUUCCACCAUUCAUCCUCAGCAUCGAGACCCUAGGAACGACCCGGGUGGUGGUGGAGCAGGCCAGGGUUUACAGGCGAUUGCGUAGCUUAGUUUUAGUCUAGCAUAGAAUCACUCUAACCUAGAUUUUGUUUGGUAUAGAUAGUCUUGCUUUCUCAAGCCAAUCCUACGUCCGGAAUGGGAUUGGGUCCUCUUUUUACGUCGAACCCUCAAAAUGUGGACUAUCUUUUGUACUAGGACAUAAUUAUUAUAUAUAUAUGUACAUAAUCCUAAUUUCGUAGGUCGGUAAUUAAUUUUUUAAAAACAAC